GCUGUCAUUUUAAGACGCCAUUUUGAAUAUUUCUAUUUAUGGCAUUUUGUUCAUAUUUUGAGUGUUUUUUCUUGUCAAAAAACGGAUUUUGAACGUUAAAAACAUGGACUCGCUUGCUAAUUAUGGUAGCGAUGAUGAUUAUUCUUCUGGUGAUGAUAAAAUUAGCGAACCAAAAAUUACGGAGAGAAACUACAGAAAACCACCACCAAAGGCCCCUGAUGCAAACUAUGAUGAUGUAGGAAUGGAUUUAAGCGAGGAUUCUGACAGUGAAAAACGCUCACCGGAAGAAUCUCAGCAGAGAAAAAGCGAACGCGAUCGUAGAACAUCGCCUAAAUACUCACGUAGAGAUGAAGAACGUAGUAGGGACCGUCCUAGGCAUUCCAGGGAUGACCGUAGGGAUUCUAGACACGAUAGGGGCGAUAAAAGUAGCAGAUAUGACGAUAGAGACUACAAAAGUAGAGACAGGGAUAGGGAUUCAAGCUACAGACGUCGCAGUAGAAGCAGGGACAAAAGACGAAGGUCGAGAUCUAGAUCGGGAUCUAGAGAUCGAAGAGAUAGAGGCGGUUAUUCAAAAAGAUACGAUAGAGCAAGUCAGAAAAUGGACAGAUUAGGCAAAAUGGGCAUUGAGAUUAAAAAACCUAAUCAAUCAGAACUGACGGAGGGCGGCGAGCAAUCCACGCAGAACAGUCGGUUCUUUAUGCCGGGCAUAACCGGACGAUUCCGGGAUCAGAUCGAGCGCCGGAAAAUGCUGUGGCAAAAAAAAUCCGAGUCCGACAAAAUAUCGCCCGAGCCGCCGAAAGGCGUUGUUCAUGCGCCGACGAAUGCCUGCGCUCUUGGCGGUGGCGGCAGCAGGGCCACCAAAGUGUGGGAGACCACGACUUUCGCCCAAGAUACAGACGGCAAAGUCGCGAGCAAAUUUAAAAGACUUAUGGGCAUACGUAACGAAUCUGAAGGCCAGCAGAACCCUUCAGACAUACUAAAAAAACAAGAGGAAAUGUUUUCUUCAAUGGAACAACAAUAUGAAGUCGCCAGAACUGCCACACACACUAUGAGAGGGGUGGGUUUAGGUUUUGGAAGCUUUCAAAAAUAAUUAGUAUUUUGCUUUCAAUGUACAUAUUACACUAUUAUUGAGGUUGUAGUAAGUUUUUUUGGAUUAUUGUCAUUUUUAAGUAAAUAAGUACAAUACCAAUAAUAAUAAUGAAUAUAAAGUUGUUAAGAGUU